CCAUGUUUCCAGGUCUGUGUCUCCCACUACGACAUCUCAGAUACAAGCCAGGAAGAAGAGGAGAGGGAUCAUUGAGAAGCGGCGCCGUGACCGUAUCAACAGCAGCCUCUCCGAACUGCGGCGCCUGGUGCCCACCGCCUUCGAGAAGCAGGGGUCUUCCAAGCUGGAGAAGGCAGAAAUUCUACAAAUGACAGUAGAUCACUUAAAAAUGCUUCACGCCACUGGAGGAGCAGGCUUCUUAGAUGCUCGAGCUCUGGCUGUGGACUACAGGAGUAUCGGCUUCCGCGAAUGUCUCACUGAAGUUGUCAGGUACCUGGGCAUCCUCGAGGGCCAAAACGCUGCUGACCCCAUCCGGCUGCGACUCCUCUCCCACCUGAAUAAUUACGUGGCAGAAAUGGAGCCUUCACCUGUGGCCACUUCCCUCCUGCCCAUCCAGACGUGGCCAUGGUCCUUCCUCCACAGUGCUGCUGGCCCCGUGCAGAUCCCCAGGAGGGAGGCUGCUCCCGCUCCGGUUGUUUUGACUGCAUCUUCCCUGGCCUACCCAAGUCCUGCUGUGAGGCCAGCCCCGCUUCGCCGUGUCCCCAGUGACAUGCUGCCAUCCCGCCGAAGCUUCCUGGCCAGCAGGAUGGCCUCUUCCAGCCGGAGGGCCCGAGGCACAUCGGCCGUUGCAGCCGUGCCCAGGAUGCCGUCGCCAGCGGGUGUAUUGAGAGAGGGCUCGUCCAAGAGCAGCCAAAUCGCGACAUUCCUCUUCUCACCAGCCUCCACCGGCAUCCCUAUUCCACCAGCUUACACAGCACCUCCCUCCUUGGGCACUGCCGCGCAGGGACCUGGGAUCAGGGUUGGGACAUCCAGGAUCUGCCGCUCCUGGGCGACUGAAAUCGGGGCUUUCUGA